CACUAACACGCUGCGAUAUGCAUGGAAUUCUGGUGAAUGCCUCCAAGCCUGUGUAUGAUCAGGGCACGUUGUCUGUCACUGACACAGUAUUGCUAACGUCGACGAGCUGCACUUUCCAAACAUGCCCAGUUUAACUGCCUGUCAAGGGUAGGUCCUGCUAACACUAGGUCAUGACUUCUUUCGCAGCCACGCGAUGCAGUAAAUAACCAAGAUGGGAUGGCAAUUCUCAGAUCCCCUGCCGCACUCCAUUGCCACUCCGUCACUCUUCUAGCCACCGCAUCCAUUGCAGCCAUUCUUUAUUAUUACGAUCUUAUCACUCAUUGAGGCCUUCUUUCGGCGAGCAUCUUCCUUAAUCAACAUCAUGGCAGACGCUGACCCCCCCGCUGCUGUGCCGGAAGAGACUCCUGCCGAAGAAGAACAGCCUCAAUCUGCCACAGAACCACCUGCAGAGGAAGUUUCCGCCAAGGAGCCAGCAGCAAAAGAGCCAGCAGCCAAAGAGCCAGCAGCCAAAGAGCCAGCAGCGGAUCCACCGGCUGAAGAACUACCUGCUCCAGAGCCUGCGGCUGAGGAACCUCCAGCAGAGGAUCUGCCUGUUGAGGAGAAGGUUGCUGAACCUGAACCUGCUGCAGAAGAACCGCCCGCCAAAGAACCUCCAGCAGAGGAAGCACCUGCACCAGAGCCACCUGCCGAAGAGCCACCUGCAGAGGAAGCAGCUCCUGACCUGGCACCUGCCGAAGAACCUCCUGUUGAAGAGAAGGUUGCAGAACCCGAACCCGAGCCUCCUGCUGAAGAACCGCCUGUUGAGGAGCCGCCCACCGAGAAGCUGCCAGCUGAAGAACCAUCUGCUGAGGAGCCCGCCACUGAAGAGCCACCUGCAGAGGAGCCACCAGCGGAAAAACCAGCUGAGGACCUCCCGGCUGAGCCGGAACCGGCGCAUGAAGAAGCUCCAGUCGUCCAACGAUCUGUUGAGCCCGAAGAAUUAGCUCCAGAGCCGCCAGCGGAAGAGUCCGCUGCUGAGCCUGAGCCUGAACCAGCGGCGGAACCCGAAACAGAGCCUGCUGAAGGCCUCCAGGCUGAAGGUGAAUCCGAUCCCAUCAUUAACCUGAUAGACAUGUAUGCUGAGCCUAAAUCAGAGGAGGAGCAACCGGAAGUGGUGCAGCGUUCAGCCGAGCCAGAUCCAGAACCUGAACCUGAGGCAGCAUCCGAGUCGGCACCCAAAGAACCCCCAGAGCCAGCAGUCGAAGUCGUCGAACCAGAACCAGAACCUACACUUGAACCUAUACUUGAACCUCCGCCUGAUCCUGCGCCUGAACCUGCACCUGAAGCAGCCCCCGAGCCCGCACCUGAGGCUCAACCAGAGGAGCAACCGGAGGUAGUCCAGCGGUCCGCUGGGCCCGAAGAACCAGCAGCUGAGGCAGAACCACCUGCACCCGAACCAGAGCCACGGCCUGAACUGGCUCCUGAACCCGAGAAAGAAGCUCCCCCACCUCCAGCUUCUACCAAGUCGACCAAACCACGAAAGCGAGAUGUGUGGCGCAGCAAGUUGGCUGUUGGUGGCAAAGGCAAACAACGACUUCUGAUGGUCACGGCGCCGAAGGAGACGAAGCCGCUCGUGGCGGCACUUCAGCAAGAGAAGGCGAAGGGCACAGAUAUCAAGCCAUUGGUGGAUGGCAUGUUGGCCAAAAUCACAUUGUAGCUGUGGCUGUACACUGAGACACCGUCAUUCAUACCCUUACCUAAUAAGCA